AGCGCUUGGCAAAGACGUGCACACGGUCAGCUGCGUGAAGUGAAGAAUUAAGCAAAAACAAUAAUAAACAAGCUAAACACAAACGUAUCAACGGGAACGCCAUGGAGUUUAACAAUCGUUUGCUAUUGAAGAUCAUUGAGCUGGGUAUUGCCAUCGCCUGUGUUGUGCUCUAUGAGGUGGUUGGAGAUCUGAGCAAGCGUCCGCUGAUUGUGUGCGGCACCAUUGUGGGCUACACAGUCAUCUGCGCCGUCCUGCUGAUCGGGCACUUCAUCAACUCGGUGGUGGAGAAGCGUCUCAAUGCGCUGCUCUCGCUGCUCGGCUGCAUUCUGUUCGUGGCCUCCGGUGCCUUGGUCAUCGAUGAGUGGCAUGAUGCCUACGACUUCUUGAAGGAUCGCAAGCGCAACGCCCUCGCAGCUGGCUCCCUGAUGAUCAUCAACGGCGCCGUCUUUCUAUUGGACACGCUCUCCAUUUGCAGAACGUAAGCCCCAAAC